UUCAGGAAAGGAGGCCCUGUUUCGUUUCUGCCUUUUUAUUUAUCCUACGUUUGAGAGAGAUUGGGUUCUUGUGGAAUAUCUUUUUUUUUUCUAUUGUGCGCGUCUCCCUCCGUCGAACCCUCUGAAUUCAGUUGCACAACCUCGAUAGCUUUUUUUUCACCUUUGCAUUUCCCAGAUAUUCAACACAAGAUAUCCCCAAUGGCUAAAUCAGCAACGUUAUCUUCCAGCUCAAAAAAAGCGAAUAAAUUAUCCACACUUUCCUCAUCGUCCCGCGUGACCAAACCCAGCAAGAAGAAUAAUGCCAAACGCCCACCUCCACAGGAGGUAAAGUCCAAGGCGCGCACGGCGCCCGAACAGCUGAAGAAGAAGAAAAAGAGGGAGUAUACAGAGGAGGAGCUGGAUCUACCUAAAUUGAAUACCAUUACGCCUGUUGGAUUGUUGAAGCCGAAGGGGAAGAAGAAGGGAAAGACUUUUGUGGAUGAUAGUGAAGGCAUGAUGACGAUCCUUGCUAUGGUGAACGCGGAACAAGAAGGCCGGAUUGAAUCGAAGAUGAUGAGAGCACGGCAGUUAGAGGAGAUCCGAGAAGCGCGGAGAAAGGAGGCCGAAGCGAGAGAAGCGCAGAAGAAGUCAAAACUGGAGAAAGCCAAGGAAUCGAUUCGCCAGAAACGAAAGAAGCAUAACGACCAAAAUGAUAAUGAUGGUAAUAAGGCCGCCUCCAAAACCGCCGAGACGAAUGGUUCAUCUACGAAGUCCAAAGGAAAGCGGAAGAGCGUUUCGUUUGCUUGA